CGCUCGUGCAGCCAGGUGGCCAUAUUGGUGGAGUUCGUGCUCAACUUGUCCGCAGGCUCGCAGUAGCUCGUGUCGCCCGCGGCGAUGGCGCGUGCCGACGCUCACGCUCUGUCCCUGGACCAGGGCUUUCGGAUGAUGCUCUACCUCCUCGGUCCCAACGAGACGUCGUUCGCGCGCGACGAGGACGUGCCCGAGUACGUGGAGAAGGCCACUCCAUUUUUCAUGAUGCUGAUGCUGUCGGAGCUGCUGAUUGGCUGGGCCAAGACCGGAAGCUUAGUAAUCCGGAUCAAUGAUGGAAUUACUUCUCUGUCCGCUGGCGUAAUGUCCCGACUCUCAAAUCUCUUUGCACGGGGCUUAGAACUGUCCUGCUAUGUGUAUGUCUGGAACAACUACCGACUAGUGGAGCUUCCAUGGGAUUCUCCCUGGACCUGGUGGCUGACCUUCCUGGGUGUGGACCUGGGAUACUACUGGCUCCAUCGUCUUUCCCAUGAGGUGAACAUCCUUUGGGCUGCCCACCAGGUGCAUCACAGCUCUGAAGACUACAACCUCUCAACUGCACUGAGGCAGUCUGUGACACAGCAGCUGUCAUCAUGGCUUUUCUACCUUCCGAUGGCCUUGGCGGUGCCUCCAUCAGUGUUUGCAGUUCACAUUCAGUUCAACCUCCUGUACCAAUUCUGGAUUCACACCGAGCUGGUAGGAAAUCUUGGUCCACUGGAGUGGAUCAUAAACACCCCCAGCCACCACAGAGUUCACCAUGGAAGGAAUCCUUACUGUAUUGAUAAGAAUUAUGGAGGAACUCUAAUUAUUUGGGAUCGAAUCUUUGGUACAUUUUCCCCAGAGAGUGAUAAGGUCAUCUAUGGGCUCACACACCCAAUCAACACAUUUGAAAUCCUCUCGGUCCAGUUCUCUUACUAUGUUUACUUGUGGGAAAGGUUUUGGAGCAGCCCGAGCACCACAGACAAACUGUCCGUCAUCUUCAAAGGACCGGGUUGGGAACCAGGAAAACCCAGGCUGGGUUGUCAUUCGGACUUACCAGAGGUCACUGGAGAGGAGGCACCACACAACCCAGAGUGGCCGCUCGCUCUACAAGUGUACGUCACUCUGCACUUCUUCCUGCUGUUGGGCGUCUACGAUGACAUCUUCGCUAUGAAGGCAAUGCUGUCCCCGGCGUUUCUGCUCUUAAUGACAGGAUAUAUUAUGUCCACUUUGACUGCCCUUGGGUUCAUCAUAGAGAAAAGGCCAGGCGCAGCCGUGCUGGAGAUGCUGCGCUGUGUUUUGUUCCUGCUGUUCCAUAAGUCCGGAUAUGUGAGGCAUCUAAUACCCAUGUUGUCAGUGCCAACCGAGGUGUUCAUCGCGCUCUCUGCGCUCUACUGGGCCGCGCGUUCCUUCGCUCGACGCGGGAAAGGCAAGAGGAAACAGCGCUGAGGGCAGCAGUGGCGCGGAACGGCGCCCCCUAGAGGCCGUCAGGAGAACAUCCGAUCGUCCGUCCGUCCGUCCGUCCGUCCGUCCGUCCACACACUGAAGCCCCUUGAGUUUGUCAGUACGUGUAAUAUUGCCAGUGAUCUAAUCCGAAUCCAGGUGAUGCCUUCAGAUAAACUGGUGAGGGGCGAAGGAUCUUACAGGGAAACUGAGCAUACGGAAUACGAAGUUACUUCAUAAUCCGUAGUGUACUAU